GCCCUCAUUGACGCUGUGGAAUGAAGGAACUCAGUUUAAGUAGAAUCAACUUCGACAACGAACAACAUAACACUGUGGUGGCAGCGAAGAAAGCCACGAUUUUCAAUGUUGUUUUGGAAAUGGAGAGAGAUGUGUAGGGUAUACAAGUGCUUUAAAAUUGCCAAAACUUGGUGAGGGCUUCCCUUAACUUCCUUUCACCUCCCCAAAUCUUCACAACAACCUUCUGUAAUACUCAAAAUGGAAAAGUACACGAGGAGUGCAACAAAGCUCCUGUUUGUAAUGUUCCUCGUUCGUGUCCGAGGCGAAUGGGAGACAAACGUACCAACUGCAACCCAGUGUUUGAUGAGUCGUUGAAGGAAGCACAGCAACUGGGUGUGGUGAGAGCUGAGAUAAGACCGAGAACGUUUUUGCCUAUGUUCCGUGUUACAUGAAGACAUUGGAGGCAACGGCUCGUCAGUUGUGGUGACAGACAGCCAGGAUGGAGAUGUGUUCAAGGAACUACUGCCCGUCGGCAGGCCAGCCGUUUGAUACGUCUGAUUUCCCACAUUGCAAUGGACAAAGAGGUGCAGAAUACCUGGCAUUGGUGUCAAGCUUUGUUUCCAAACAUAGACACAAGAGAAUGACCUUAAAGAAUCCAGCUGAUUCCACAUUCAUAGUGGGAGACCUGGAGGACACCAUUUACAGAGGCGAGGUUGAUGAGGUGAACGGGUGGGGAAAAUUUUACCUUCCCAACAUAGUAAACAUGCAGGUCGUAGGUGUAGUGGAGGGCACCUCAUGCCCGUGUGACCAGCUUGUUCUGAUGACCUGUGAGGACAAAAAGCUGUAUGCCUAUGAUGGAGAGGAGCUGCAUCUGGUGGCUUCAAGCCUGGAGCAGCUACGUUACAAGGAAAUAGAGUAUCCAGCCUCCAAGAGCUAUUACAACGGGGAGGCCUUCAAAGAUAUGACCAAGGAGGACUGGGCAAAAGUGAGGAAUGGCAAAGCGGGGAAGAGGUUGGACAAAGAGCAUCAUGAACUGGUGAUAUCAAUAAAGUCAAGUUUCCUGGAGAAUCUCAAAAUUUCCAGACAACGCGCAGGUGGGUAUCAUCAUCUUUGGUGCAGGGAUAAAAUCAAGGUUGUAAUCCUAAAAGAAAGAUUUUCUUUGUAAAGCCAAAGCCAAUUUGAAACUUUGAGUGAAGGUCUGUUAAGGCACGAUUCAGUUUUUACAUUCAUGUAUGUGGAUCUUGAUAGCCUGUUAAAUAACUGCAAUGGUAGUAAUCUGUACCUGCCUCUUUCGGUUGUGUCUUGUAUGGAAUAAUAUAUCAUUCACUAAGAUGUGCUUGAAAGUCAGGCUUUGUAAACUUAUACAUUUUCCUUGUUGUGAGCCCUGUUCUGAAAGCCUGCGAUUAAGUUUCAGUUUUCUUGGAACCACAACAACCAUUGGAGUUGACUAGGUAGUUACGUGUUAUGUCAUAUGACAGUGACGCACUGCAGCCAAGAGACUGAUCAUCUUCAUGACUUCACAGAACCUGGGCCCUGUCUCAAAAAACAAGAUCAGUUUACUCAGGCUGUCCUUGAAGUAUAAGAACCCAUGGAUGUGAAGAGGCAGUGUUUGCAACAAACCAGUCAUAUGCUACAUUCUGUACUGAGCGAUCUUAACUUUUUUCCCCUCUCUCUCUCUCUCUCUCUCUGUUUCCCUU